GCAUGCGUUGCAUAUAAUACACACACAGAUGAAUGAACCCCAUUCAGAUGUCAACAAUACAGCCUCCACUAUUAUUGGUAAUGCGCAUGUACAACCGGAUGUCUAAUCUAAUAUUGGCAAUGGAAUGUCUGCUAAACAAUUUCGGCAGAAAUCGUAAUUUACUGACAGACAAGUACUCAUGUUUAUACAGUGCAUUGUAGGACACAUAUGUGUUUACUAACAACGUAGAUCACUAUCAAUGACUAAAUAAUUACUGUGAUUUAUACGAGAAUUAUCAGAUGACAUUGGUGUAAAAGUAUUUCCUCAGAUGUAUCAUCAAUAUUUAUCAUUUAAAAAGUAAAAGGAUUUGUUACACAGGAUGGAUAACAUUCUGCUUCUAUAAAUUUGUGAUGGAAUUGGUGUGAAAUAUUGUUGUUGUGACCUGAGACCAUUAGUAAAAUUCUUCUACAUCCCUGCUAGGAAUAUGUUUGCCAGUUGGUUGUUUUGUUAUUAAACACAGAGAUGUUUUCACAAGAGAUUGCAGUAUCUUCAGACACCAACAAAGAUCACGUUCUAUGGAAUUGUAGCAGUUGAAAUAAUUGUUAAGAAAAUACAAGAAGAAACGAGGAGGAAUAAUUAUGGAAAAGGAAUUCUGUGAGAAGCCAAUUCAAAUUAAAACAGAGAUUGAAAGCAUUGAUUUUGCUGAUGAGAUGCUGAAAGAGAUAAAAGAAGGAUCAUGUUCCCCUGAUAUCUAUACAGAGUCAUUCUCUCAAAAACGUAACCCAACUGAUCCCAAAUAUAUUCAUACCAGAGGGAAACCAUAUAAUUGUGACAUCUGUGGCAAAUCAUUCUCUAAAAAUAGUAACUUAAAUACUCACAAACGUAUUCAUACAGGAGAGAAACCAUUUCAUUGUAAUAUCUGUGGUAAAUCAUUCUCUACAAGUGGUAACUUAACUAGUCACAAACGUAUUCAUACGGGAGAGAAACCACAUCACUGUGAUAUCUGUGGUAAAUCCUUUUCUGAAAGAGGUACCUUAAAUAGUCACAAACGUAUCCAUACAGGAGAGAAACCAUACUCCUGUGGUACCUGUGGAAAAUCAUUCUCCGAAAGAGGUACCUUAAAUACUCACAAGCAUAUUCAUACAAGAGAGAAACCACAUCACUGUGAUAUCUGUGGUAAAUCAUUUUUUAACAUCGGUGCCUUAAAUACCCAUACACGUAUUCAUACAGGAGACAAGCCAUAUUAUUGUGAUAUCUGUGGUAAAUCAUUUUCUAGAAGUGAUACUUUGAAUACUCACAAAUCUGUUCAUGCUGGACAGAAACCAUACCCGUGUGAUAUCUGUGGUAAAUCCUUCUCUCACACAUCGUCCCUAACUAAACACAGAAGUAUCCACACAGGGGAGAGACCGUACCAUUGUCAGAUUUGUGGUAAAUCAUUCCCAGAUAAAAGCAAAUUACAGAGACACAUAUAUGUCCAUACAGGAGAAAAACCCUAUGGCUGUAAUAUCUGUGGCAAAUCAUUCAGUCAAAAUGUUGACUUAAAUAAGCACAUACGGAUUCACACAGGGGAAAAGCCAUAUCACUGUGAUAUCUGUGGUAAAUCUUGCUCUACAAGCAGUGACUUAAUUAAACAUAAGCGUGUUCAUACAGGAGAAAAGCCAUAUCACUGUGAUAUCUGUGGCAAGUCUUUCUCGGAAGGCAGUGCUUUACAUAAACAUAGGCGUAUACAUACAGGAGAGACACCAUAUCACUGUCAUGUUUGCGGUAAAUCAUUUUCUGAUGGUAGUACCUUAACUAAGCACAAAAAUAUUCAUACAGGGGAAAAACCAUAUCAGUGUGAUAUCUGUGGUAAAUCAUUUUCUAAAAGCCAUACCUUAACUAAGCAUAAACGUAUCCAUACAGGAGAAAAACCAUAUCAAUGUGAUAUCUGUGGUCAGUCUUUCUCCAGGAAUGGCUAUUUAGCUAAACACAAACACACUCAUAUUGGUGAGAAAACAUAUCACUGUGUUAUUUGUGGGAAAUCAUUCUCUCAAAGUAAUGACUUAUCCAAACACAAACGCACUCAUACAGGUGAACGACCAUAUCAUUGUGCUAUCUGUGGAAAAUCUUUCUCUCAAAGUAACGACUUAUACAGACACAAACGCACUCAUACAGGUGACAAGCCAUAUCAGUGUGACAUCUGUGAGAAAGCAUUCUCUACCAAUAGAUACUUAACUAAACAUAAAUAUAUUCAUGCAGGAGAGGGACCGGAUGUCCAUGAUAUUUAUAGUGAAUCAUUCUCUUCUGGUGAAGCUUCAAUUAUUCACAAACCCAAUCCUGCAGCUGAGGAGACGUAUCAGUGUGAUAUCUGCGGUAAAUCAUUUUCUCAACAAUAUUUAACUAUACACAAACGCACUCAUACAGGUGAGAAGCCAUAUCUCUGUGUCAUCUGUGGGAAAUCUUUCUCUCAAAAUGUUCACUUAACUCUACACAAACGCACUCAUACAGGUGAGAAGCCACAUCACUGUGACAUUUGUGGAAGAUCAUUCUCUCAGAUAAGUACCUUGUCUAAUCACAAAUAUGUUCACAGAGCAGAAAAACUGUACCUCUGUGAUAUUUGUGGCAAAUCAUUCUCUAGAAAGUUUGAAUUAACUAGACACAAACGUCUUCAUAUACAGGAGUGACCAUAACACAGAUAUUUUUUGGUUAUUUCUCUUGAACAUGCCUCACACCUGUUUAUACAAUAUAGAAUACACAUCAACUUGAUAUUUUAUAAAUAAAUUUCUGUUGGUGAUGGCUAAACAAGACACGAACAUAUUAAAAUGAAAGAAAAGCCAUAUCACUGAUAUCUGUACACAAGAAAGAAGCUGUAACAAUGUCAUAAUGGUGUUCUAACAAUAUCAUCAUCAUCAUUUAGUGUCCGCUUUCCAUGCUAGCAUGGGUUGGACGGUUCAACUGGGGUCUGGGAAGCCAGAAGGCUGCACCAGGCCCAGUCUGAUCUGGCAAUGUUUC